CUUAAGGAGGUCCAACGGAAGAAACGCACAGCUAGUGUCACGUUUCAAAUUUAUUUAUUUUUGGGGGAUUCACAGUGUCAUUCAGCAAAUAAAUACAAACUAAAAAAAAACAAAGAUGAUACGUCAUAAACAUUUUGGAUUUCUCCUGAUUGGUUUAACAGUAUUACUGGGCGCAAGUAAACAACAGGUUAAGGCCGAUCUAUUUCCGUUAUCCAUUAUACAUAUAAAUGAUUUUCAUGCCAGAUUUGAAGCAACCGAUACUACGGGCGGUACAUGUGAUGAUGGUGAAGUUUGUAUAGGCGGUUACGCUCGCACUGUUCAUACAGUUAAGCGUUUGCUGGAAGAGCAAAAGGAUACGAAUGCAGUCUUCUUUAAUGCUGGUGAUAGUUUCCAAGGUACUUUGUGGUACAAUAUUGGACGCUGGAAUGUCACCAGUCAGUUUUUGAAUUUGUUGCCAGCUGACGCAAUGACAUUGGGUAAUCACGAAUUUGAUCAUGGGGUAGAAGGUGUUGUACCCUUUUUGGAGGCACUUAACACAACUAUGCUCGUUGCUAAUAUGGAUUCAACAAAUGAACCCGAAAUGAGCGGAAAAUAUCAAAAAUCUAUGAUAAUUGAAAGAAGUAAUCGUAAAAUUGGAGUUAUUGGUGUAAUUUUGGAAACAACUUAUGAUUUAGCCAAUACUGGUAAUUUGAUAUUUCGCAAUGAAAGCGAAACUAUUGUAGAGGAGGCGGAAAAACUAAAGUCCCAAGGUGCCAAUAUUAUUAUUGUCAUCUCCCAUUGUGGCUAUGCAGUUGAUAAAGAGAUAGCCGAACAUGCUGGUUCUGAAAUUGAUGUGAUUGUUGGUUCUCACUCACAUACGUUCCUCUAUACAGGAGAUAAUCCUCCAGGACCUGAUACCCCUGGAGGAGAUUAUCCAACACAAGUUACUCAUGCCACCGGACAUCGUGUGUUAAUUGUACAAGCUGGUGCUUAUGCCAAAUAUGUUGGCAAUUUAACGGUUUACUUUGAUGAUGAAGGCAAUGUUGUCGAUUUUGAAGGUGCUCCCAUUUAUAUGGAUAAUAGUGUACCAGAAGAUAUUUCUGUUAUCGAAGCUUUAAAGCCAUGGCGUGAAGAAAUUAAUUAUGUUGGAAAUCGUGUGAUAGGCCAUAGUGCAGUAUAUUUACAACAAAAAGAAUGCUCGAGGGGAGAAUGUAAUUUAGGAAACUUCGUUACGGAUGCCAUGUUAUAUGCGUUUCUCGAAGAACAAAGCUACGCUAGUCCCAAUUGGAGCAACAUUACUAUAGCAUUUACGGCACAGAGCCAUUUUCGUGUACCUUUAGAAGCAGGAAAUCUGACUUACAAUCACUUGAUAACUAUGUGUCCCUGGGAGAAUGAUAUAUUUGUUGUAACCUUAAAUGGUUCCGUAAUACGGCAAUUAUUAGAAGAUUGUAUUGCACCUUUAACUCCAGAAAGUAAUUAUUCUUAUAGAUUUCCCCAGGUAUCCGGUUUAAAGAUUGUUUACAACAUUACAAAUCUCAUUGGCCAAAGAGUCCAAGAAUUGUAUGUGCGCUGUCAGGAUUGUAUGGUUCCCAAGUAUGUUCAGUUAGAAUCAGCUAAAGACUAUAAAGUGGUUGUCAUGGAUUAUUUGGCAAAUGGUAAAGAUGGCUUCAAUUUAAUUAAAGAUAAUGCCAAAGAUUUCAGAAGAGGUCCUGGAGAUUUGGAUGCAUUAAUAAAAUUAAUGCAAAUCCAUGAUCCGAUUGUAGCCGGUAUCGAAGGCCGUAUACGAAUUGUUCAUUAAUGUUUUGUAGAAUCAGAUGUAUACAGUUGUACUUAAAUAUAUACGUAUACAUACCAUCU